AGCUUUCAGUGAAUAACCCUUGGGUCAGUCCGCUUUUCGCAUUAUCGCUCGCGGAGUGCGUUAGUGCUGCAGCGUUAUAUUCACCACCCGUGUAACGGCCGACGUUGAUUCAUUACCGUGAGAGAGACAGACGUUGCUGGUGCACGUGGAAAUGCGCGGGACUCUGUGCCUGCUUCUGCUCGCAGUGGCGAGCUGGGCGAACGCCCAAACGGACAUUGGCUCCGGAGCCAUGUUCGACGGUCGAAAUUUCACUGAAGCGUACAACAUGAGAGUGGAAGAAGUUCUCUAUGAGCUGUAUGAAGAACGCAAAGAAGCGAUGGAAGAAGAGCCGGGAUACGAAUGGGAGGGCUACGACGGAUGGUACAACAACCCCGCUCACCCCGACUGGGGCGGCGCAGAUAUGCCAUUGGAGAGGAAGACGCCCGUGGCCUACCCAGACGGCGUGUACGAGAUCGCUGGACAGGACAGACCUAACGUUCUGCUCAUUGCCAACGUCACUCAAAACGGACUGACUGGGUUUGGCUCACGAGAAAGGACAGGACUGUUCAUCUUUUUCGGUCAGCAAGUGGUGGAGGAGAUGCUGGAUGCCCAAAGGCCUGGCUGCAUCCCUGAAUACGAGGACAUGCUGGUCCCCAAGUGCCAUCCGCUCUACGAUGCCGACUGCCGUGGUGACAGAUACAUCCCCUUCCUCCGAAACCGCUACGAUUUCGGCACUGGCUACAGCCCAAACGUUCCACGAAUGCAGCUGAAUGAAAUCACUCCGUGGCUCGAUGGUGGACUCAUGUACGGUAUUACCAAGGCCUGGGCCGAUGCUCUUCGAAGCUUUGAAAAGGGUGAACUCCUAACACUAAACAAUGAUGACCUAACGCUCUCGCUGCCAGCUGUUAAUACAGUCGGUCUUCCUCUCGCCAAUCCACCUCCUCCUGCUAACCACUCUCUCUUUGAAGUCAACCGCUUUUGGAGAAUUGGAAAUCCUCGUGGCAAUGAGAACCCCUUCCUGCUGACAAUGGGUAUCCUCUGGUUCAGAGUCCACAACUUUUGGGCACAGAGAUUGUACAGCUUUGGACAGACGCUCCCUGAAGACAGCCACACCCGCGAACUGUACGAAGAUGACGAGUGGCUCUACAACCGUGCCCGUAUGCUCACCAUUGCCACCCACCAGCACAUUGUCUACACCGAGUGGCUCCCCAUCUUCAUCCCUCGCAAGAUCCCCACCGACCUCCCAGCCUACGCAGAGACCCAGGGCUACAGCGCUUACUUUGGCCGAACGGGGUACAACCCUGCAAUCAAUCCACAGAUUGCCCACAUCUUCCAGUCGCUGCAAUGAGAUUCGGACACACCAUGGUCACCCCUGGAAUCUGGAGGAGGGAAUUUGUGCCAGACCCUAAUAAUUGUUCAUUCGGAAGUCCGAUUUCACCUGAUAUGAAAGGUCUGAACUCCUUCAUUGAGGUCAUUAACCAAAAGCGUGGUCUGACAGGAGACCAAAAAGUCAGAAUAAAUAGUACUGAAGUCGUAAUCGAGGAGUUCUUUGACAAAUACCCCAAUUUUCCUACCGAUACAAAUGGGAAUCCGAUUGAGGAGUAUGAAGCCAUUUACCAAUUUUUGAACAAUUCGUACUUCAUGAACGAGACUGCUUUUAGCAAUAGAAAUUACAGCUACACUAAGGCAGAUGAUCGACACUUUGUGGUUCGUACCUGCAAUUCCUACUGGAACCCGCAAGUUACAAUCAGAGCCACCAACGUUCAUCCGUUCUACCUCGGAAUGGCUUCCCAGCGAGUGGAGAGAGAGGACACCAUCAUCACUCCUGACCUGAGGGGCAAGGUUUUCGGACCUCUCGACUUCUCCAGGCGAGAUCUUAUGGCCAUCAACAUGCAGAGAGCUAGGGACCACGGUUUGCCUGAUUUCAAUUCUGCUCGCAUGGCCUAUGGCUUGCCACCUGUUUUGAGCUUUGAGGACCUCAAUCCACUGUACGGUAUGGUUGACGAUGUGACGCGGUCGAUCGAAAACCUUCGAGAGGUUUACAACAACGACAUCAGCAAGUGUGAUAUCUGGGCCUGUGCGCUGGCAGAAACUGUUCCUUCCGGAUUCGGUAACCUCCUCCCCCCGGACAUUCCAGCAGGUCCAGGAGAGCUCUUCAGUGAAGUCCUGUUUGACCAGUUCAUGCGUAUCCGUCACGGCGACCGCUUCUGGUACGAAAACUGGGAGGCCAAUGGAAUCCUCACCCAAGAAGAGUUCGAACUCAUCUCCAACCUGACCAUUAAGCGGCUCUUGAUGCUUGUCACUCCCAUCAGAGAUGAGGACUUGUCGGAAAAUCCGUUUGAGUUUACGGAUGAGACUGUCUGCCCCCAGCCCUUCCAGCUCAGUGAGCUCUACAUGGACGACUGUACCGGGCUCGAAGGCUUCGACUAUUACUACAACGACUCUGUGUGGCAGGUCCCUGUCAUCUGGGGAAUCACGUUCCUCUAUGUCGGACUUGUAAUCAUGGCCAUGUUCUUGCUGGCUGCGUACAACCAGUACCGGAGGGAGAAGGUCAAGGCAGCUGCCCGCACACACAGGCCUAAGCACAUUGAAGGCAACGAUGUCACUUCGGGUGACGGUGAAGUUUUGGUUGCCCACGAAAUGAAAGCUGGCAUCAAGAGCGAGACUCGUACAGUGAGCAUGAAGUUCGGACCAGGGAAGCGGCUUGUCCUGUUUUCCGGCGAUGAAAUCUACAGGGAGGUCGACCUCCGGUAUCAGUCGCAAGUGACGAUACGCAGGCCCUUCAAUGAUGACCGGCACUUUGUCGUGCGAAUCCCCCACGAAUACGACAUCAUCCUCCGCUGUUCCACCCCGCUAGACCGCACGGCGUUCGUCGAGAACAUUCAGACCUUCAUGGGCGAGAAUGGAAUCACAGUGGUGGUCGAAGAACCGCUCAAGAAACAGCUGCUGAGCGAGACGUACACCAAGAGGGACAGGCAGCGACUUCUCGAAAACUUCUUCAAGUCGGUCUUCCGUGAGGGAGGGCGUGGAGCAGUCACAGGAGAUAUCGGGGAGUCCCGAAAGGACAUCUUGGAGUGUGAGCUCAACAAGGAAGAGUUUGCCGACGCUAUGUCCCUCAAGAAGGAUUCACUCUUUGUGGAGCAGAUGUUCCAGCUCAUUGAUCAGGACGGCAACGGGUUCAUCUCCUUCCGCGAGUUCCUCAACAUGAUCGUCAUCUUUGCCAAGGGCUCCCCCGAGGACAAGAUAAAGCUCAUGUUUGAGAUGUACGAUGUCGACAAGAGUGGGCAACUGAGUCGCGAUGAGUUCAAGAAGAUGCUCAAGGCCAUGAUGGAGCUGGUGAAUGCCUCGGUGUCUCCGGACCAGAUGGACGGGCUUAUCGAAUCAAUGUUCAUGUCGGCCGGAUUCCAGAACAAGCAGGAGCUCACGCUCGAUGAUUUCAACGUUCUCUUGCGCGACCACAAGGAGCAGCUCAGCAGUGCCCACCUCAACAUCAGCGGAAUCGACGUGGAUAUCCCAGAAAAGCCCGGUGCCAGCGAAAGUGAAGGAGCGGCCGAAGUUGUUCCGACACGCUACCGAGCCCGCGAGACUGCCACCGCACGUGCACGUCGCACAGUCGUCAAGGCCUACGGUCGCACAACCAAGGGAGACCCACGCGGGGCAACUAGUGCACCUGCUGAGGAAGGAACUGAGACACUCUCGCGCGAGAUCCCCAUCCAGUCACGUAAGCUUACAAAAUCUGUGUACGGCCGCUACCUCAGCAUUUUCCUCCGCAUUAUCGAGAACUACAAGCUUCACAUCUUCUGGCUCUCGAUCUUUUUCUUUGUCACGGUUUGCAUCUUUGUGGAGAGGUCCUACUACUACUCUGUGGAGCGAGAGCACGCUGGUCUGCGGAGGAUCGCUGGUUAUGGUGUCACUGUCACUCGUGGUGCUGCUUCAUCUAUGAUGUGGACAUACUCUGUUCUCCUUCUCACGAUGUCGCGUAACUUCAUCACCUACUUGCGAGAGACCAUGUUCAACAACUACAUCCCCUUUGAUUCCUACAUCUCCUUCCACAAGAUUGUCGCUCUGACUGCGCUGGCGUUCACCAUCUGUCACGGCAUCGGUCACGGAAUCAACUUCUACCACAUCUCCACCCAGACGCCUGGCGACCUGAAUUGCAUCUUCAGAGAGGUCUACCGUCGCACUCACAUUCUUCCACAAUUCACCUACUGGCUCUUCCUGACAAUGACAGGCUUUAGCGCCUUCGUACUUACACUUGUGACCGUCAUCAUCUACGUCUUUGCCACUCAGUACGCUCGUCGCUACACCUUCCAGGCCUUCUGGAUAACCCACCACUUUUACAUUGCCUUCUACAUUCUCAUGUUCCUGCACGGAUCUGGACGUCUUGUUCAGGAUCCACUCUUCGGCAACUUCUUCCUCGGGCCAGGCAUCGUUUACUCCCUGGACCUGAUCGUCAGCGUUAGCCGUAGGAAGCAAGAGUUGGCCGUCAUUCGUGCCGACAUACUCCCAUCUCUUGUUGUGGGGAUCUACUUCAAGCGGCCGACUAGCUUCGACUACAAGGCUGGGCAGUGGGUCAAGAUUGCCAGCAGUGCCCAGAAUCCCGGAGAGUUCCAUUCCUUCACCAUCAGCUCCGCUCCACACGAGGACUACCUCAGUCUCCACAUCCGUGCAGUCGGACCGUGGACCUACAACUUCCGAGAGCACUACAACCCAGUCAACCUCCGUGGCCAGCCAUACCCAAAGGUUUUCAUCGAUGGUCCAUUUGGGGAGGGGCACCAGGACUGGACGAGCUACGAAGUGUCGGUGCUGGUUGGUGGAGGCAUUGGUGUUACUCCAUUUUCCUCGAUCCUGAAGGAGCUGGUCCACCGUUUCAACAUCGGAGCCCGCGUGGAGUGCAAGAAGGUGUUUUUCAUUUGGGUGACACGUAGCCAGAAGCAGUGGGAGUGGUUCACCGACAUCAUCAAAGGAUGUGGAAGACGCAGAUACAAAGGGUCUGGUAGAAAAUCACAUCUUCGUCACCCAAUUCUUCGACAAGUUUGACCUUCGUACCACUAUGCUGUACAUCUGCGAGAGGCACUUUCAGAAGCUCUCUGGACGCAGUCUCUUUACCGGACUGCGCUCUGUCACCCACUUUGGCCGUCCGGACUUCAACCAGUUCUUCGACAGCCUCCAGGAGGACUACAUCCUGCUUCCGCAGAUCGGUGUGUUCUCCUGCGGUCCACCAGGGAUGACAAACGGUGUGGAAGAAGCCUGUGCUGCCACGAACCGCUUCGAGGGGCCAGCCUUCCUCCACCACUUCGAGAACUUCUAAACUUCUAAUAGACAAUAGCGAAAGGAACGCUGACUUGAGUGAUUUAGUAGAGCUGAACUCUGUAGUUUAGGCCAAGUUGUAGAAUAGAAUGUUGCUGCAUGCUUUUCCCCGUUGUUGCGCAUGCUCGUGUGGUGGCGCACGGCGGCGCAGCGGAACGCAAGUAUGAAUUACUUUCCCGGCACCGCUAUAAGUGCUUCGGGUUGCAGCGCAAAAUCCCGUCCAAACUGUUGCAGACCAUCUUGGUACUCUCCUGCCCAGGAUCUGUAUUGGACGAAGCGAGAAAAUGCGCACAACGAUCGCCUUGGCGGUCACGAUUGCUGCAAUCGCAGCUUGCGGACUGCAAGUUUCGGCGCAAUCGCAAUCUUUCGAAGAAUACUUCGAAGAGAGACUAAGGAACGCCUUCGAAAACUCUAGUCGCGACGAUGAGGAAUACUUGCGCUUCGAAUGGGAGGGCUACGACGGCUGGUACAACAAUCCGGCUCAUCCCGACUGGGGUGGUGCAGAUAUGCCAUUGGAGAGGAAGACGCCGGUGGCAUACCCAGACGGCGUGUACGAGAUCGCUGGACAGGACAGACCUAACGUUCUGCUCAUUGCCAACGUCACUCAGAACGGACUGACUGGGUUUGGUUCACGAGAAAGGACCGCCCUUUUCAUCUUCUUUGGUCAGCAAGUUGUGGAGGAGAUGCUGGAUGCCCAAAGACCUGGCUGCAUCCCUGAAUACGAGGACAUGCUGGUCCCCAAGUGCCAUCCGCUCUACGAUGCCGACUGCCGUGGUGACAGAUACAUCCCCUUCCUCCGAAACCGCUACGAUUUCGGCACUGGCUACAGCCCAAACGUUCCACGAAUGCAGCUGAAUGAAAUCACUCCGUGGCUCGAUGGUGGACUCAUGUACGGUAUUACCAAGGCCUGGGCCGAUGCUCUUCGAAGCUUUGAAAAGGGUGAACUCCUGACAUUAAACAAUGACGAACUGAAACUUUCUCUGCCAGCCGAUAAUACAAUCGGUCUUCCUCUCGCCAAUCCACCACCUCCUGCUAACCACUCUCUCUUUGAAGUUAACCGCUUUUGGAGGAUCGGAAAUCCUCGUGGCAAUGAGAACCCCUUCCUGCUGACAAUGGGUAUCCUCUGGUUCAGAGUCCACAACUUUUGGGCACAGAGAUUGUACAGCUUUGGACAGACGCUCCCUGAAGACAGCCACACCCGCGAACUGUACGAAGAUGACGAGUGGCUCUACAACCGUGCCCGUAUGCUCACCAUUGCCACCCACCAGCACAUUGUCUACGCCGAGUGGCUCCCCAUCUUCAUCCCUCGCAAGCUCCCCGACGGCCUCCCAGCCUACGCAGAGACCGAGGGCUACAGCGCUUACUUUCGCCGAACGGGGUACAACCCUGCAAUCAAUCCACAGAUUGCCCACAUCUUCCAGUCGGCUGCAAUGAGAUUCGGACACACCAUGGUCACCCCUGGAAUCUGGAGGAGGGAAUUUGUGCCUAAUAACCCUAAUAGUUGUUCAUUCGGAAGUCCGAUUUCACCUGAUAUGGACGGUCUGAACUCCUUCAUUGAGGUGAUUAACCAAAAGCUUGGUCUAACAGGAGAAAAGAAAAUAAAAAUAAAAACUUAUCAAGACGUAAUCGAUAAAUUCUUUACCCCGUACCCCGAUUUCCUUACCGAUACAAAUGGGAAUGCGAUUGAGGAGUAUGGAGCCAUUUACCAAUUUUUGAACAAUUCGUACUUCAUGAACGAGGCUGCUUUUAGCAAUGGAAAUUACAACUACACUACGGCAGAUAGUCGACACUUUGUGGUUCGUACCUGCAAUUCCUACUGGAACCCGCAAGUUACGAUCAGAGCCACCAACGUUCAUCCGUUCUACCUCGGAAUGGCCUCCCAGCGAGUGGAGAGAGAGGACACCAUCAUCACUCCUGACCUGAGGGGCAAGGUUUUCGGACCUCUCGACUUCUCCAGGCGAGAUCUUAUGGCCAUCAACAUGCAGAGAGCUAGGGACCACGGUUUGCCUGAUUUCAAUUCUGCUCGCAUGGCCUAUGGCUUGCCACCUGUUUUGAGCUUCGAGGACCUCAAUCCACUGUACGGUAUGGUUGACGAUGUGACGCGGUCGAUCGAAAACCUUCGAGAGGUUUACAACAACGACAUCAGCAAGUGCGACAUCUGGGCCUGUGCGCUGGCAGAAACUGUUCCUUCGGGAUUCGGUAACCUCCUCCCGCCGGACAUUCCAGCAGGUCCAGGAGAGCUCUUCAGCGAAGUCCUGUUUGACCAGUUCAUGCGUAUCCGUCACGGCGACCGCUUCUGGUACGAAAACUGGGAGGCCAAUGGAAUCCUCACCCAAGAAGAGUUCGAACUCAUCUCCAACCUGACCAUUAAGCGGCUCUUGAUGCUUGUCACUCCCAUCAGAGAUGAGGACUUGUCGGAAAAUCCGUUUGAGUUUACGGAUGAGACUGUCUGCCCCCAGCCCUUCCAGCUCAGUGAGCUCUACAUGGACGACUGUACCGGGCUCGAAGGCUUCGACUAUUACUACAACGACUCUGUGUGGCAGGUCCCUGUCAUCUGGGGAAUCACGUUCCUCUAUGUCGGACUUGUAAUCAUGGCCAUGUUCUUGCUGGCUGCGUACAACCAGUACAGACGUCAGAAAGUCGCAGCUGCCGGUCGGACGACCAGAACGAGGGAGAUCCAGGGUAACGACAUCACAAAGGGAGACGAGGUGAUAGUCCUGUGGGAGCUGAGAGCCGGGCUGAAGAGCGAGACGAGACUGGCCAGCAUCAAGACUGGUCCCGGGAAGAGAAUCGUACUGUUCCAGGGAAUCUCCGUUCUGCGUAUAAUCGAUCUGCGCUACCAGGAAAAAAUCACCAUCCAGACGCCGUUUGACGACCAGAUGCACCUUGUCGUAAAAAUCCCGAAAGAGUACGACAUUGUCAUGAGGUGUCAGGACCCACUGGAUCGCACCACGGUCGUCGACAAGCUGAAACAGUACUUGGAAGGGAUUGGGAUAACAGUCUUGAGCGAGGAACACCAGAAACGCCACAUGCUCAAGAGCGUCUUUACAAAGAAGGACAGGCAGAAUCUUCUGGAGAGCUUCUUCAAGUCUGUUUUCCACGAGGGUAGCAGGGGAGGAAGCUCCUCCAUUGAGGAGCACCGCCAAGACAUCCUUGAGUGCGAGCUCUCUCGGGAAGAAUUUGCCGAUGCCAUGUCGAUGAAGAAAGACUCGCUGUUUAUCGACCAAAUGUUCCAGCUGAUCGAUCAGGACGGCAACGGGUUCAUCUCCUUCAGGGAAUUCCUGGACAUGAUCGUCAUCUUUGCCAAGGGGUCGCCCGACGACAAGAUCAAGCUCAUGUUCGAGAUGUACGACGUGAAUAAGAGCGGUAGUCUCAGUCGCAGCGAGUUCAGAAAAAUGCUCAAAGCCAUGAUGGAGCUCGUAAGCGCUUCAGUAACUCCGGACCAGAUGGAGCAGUUGAUUGACUCAAUGUUCACAGCCGCAGGGUUCCAGAGCAAGGAAGAGCUCACCCUGGAAGAUUUUAACAUCCUUCUUCGUGACCACAAGGAAGAGCUCAGCAAUGCCCACCUCCACGUGAAGGGAUUCGAUGUGCCAGAAGUUGAGUUGAAGCAAGAGAAAGAGCAGCCGGCUGCAGAAGGAGGGGCUGUUCCUAGUCGUUACAGGGCUCGCGAAACUGCUCCUGCCCGAGCUCGCAGAACGGUUCUUAGAGCUUAUGCCAGCAAUGCUACCUCUGGAGGUGGAGAGGGAAAAAGCAAAGGGUCAGGAAUCCACGAAAUCCCCACGGUUAAACGCAUUGCUCCCAAAAGCAAACUCUACCGAUUCUUCUACAGCUUUCUCCGCUACAUCGAAAACUACCGCCUCCACAUCUUCUGGCUCUCGAUCUUUUUCUUUGUCACGGUUUGCAUCUUUGUGGAGAGGUCCUACUACUACUCCGUGGAGCGAGAGCACGCUGGUCUGCGGAGGAUCGCUGGUUAUGGUGUCACUGUAACUCGUGGUGCUGCUUCAUCUAUGAUGUGGACAUACUCUGUUCUGCUGAUUACAAUGGCUCGCAAUUUCAUCACCUACUUGCGUGGGACACUGCUAAACAACUACAUCCCCUUCGAUUCCUACAUCUCCUUCCACAAGAUUGUCGCUCUGACUGCGCUGGCGUUCACCAUCUGUCACGGCAUCGGUCACGGAAUCAACUUUUACCACAUAUCCACCCAGACGCCUGGCGACCUGAAUUGCAUCUUCAGAGAGGUCUACCGUCGUACUCAUGUCCUCCCUCAAUUCACCUACUGGCUCUUCCUGACAAUGACAGGCUUUAGCGCCUUCGUACUUACACUUGUGACCGUCAUCAUCUACGUGUUUGCCACUCAGUACGCUCGUCGCUACACCUUCCAGGCCUUCUGGGUAACCCACCACUUUUACAUUGCCUUCUACAUUCUCAUGUUCCUGCACGGAUCUGGACGUCUUGUUCAGGAUCCACUGUUCGGCAACUUCUUCCUCGGGCCAGGCAUCGUUUACUCCCUGGACCUGAUCGUCAGCGUUAGCCGUAGGAAGCAAGAGUUGGCCGUCAUUCGUGCCGACAUACUCCCAUCUCUUGUUGUUGGGGUCUACUUCAAGCGGCCGACUAGCUUCGACUACAAGGCUGGUCAGUGGGUCAAGAUUGCCAGCAGUGCCCAGAAUCCCGGAGAGUUCCAUUCCUUCACCAUCAGCUCCGCUCCACACGAGGACUACCUCAGUCUCCACAUCCGUGCAGUCGGACCGUGGACCUACAACUUCCGAGACCACUACAACCCAGCCAACCUACAAGGGAAGCCCUAUCCUAAGGUUUUCAUCGACGGUCCAUUUGGGGAGGGGCACCAGGAAUGGACCAGCUUCGAAGUGUCGGUGCUGGUUGGUGGAGGCAUUGGUGUUACUCCCUUUUCCUCGAUCCUGAAGGAGCUGGUCCACCGUUUCAACAUCGGAGCCCGCAUAGAGUGCAAGAAGGUUUUCUUCAUUUGGGUGACACGUAGCCAGAAGCAGUGGGAGUGGUUCACCGACAUCAUCAAGGAUGUGGAAGACGCAGACACAAAGGGGUCUGGUAGAAAAUCACAUCUUCGUCACCCAAUUCUUUGACAAGUUUGACCUCCGUACCACCAUGCUGUACAUCUGCGAGAGGCACUUCCAGAAGCUGUCCGGACGCAGUCUAUUCACAGGACUGCGCGCCAUAACCCACUUUGGCCGUCCGGACUUCAACCAGUUCUUCGACAGCCUCCAGGAGGAGUACGUCUUACUUCCUCAGAUUGGCGUGUUCUCCUGCGGUCCACCAGGGAUGACAAACGGUGUGGAAGCCGCCUGCGCCGUCACUAACCGCUUUGAAGGGCCGGCGUUCAUCCACCACUUCGAGAACUUCUAAGUGAACCCUGACUAGUUUUGAACAGUGACAUUAUAGCUAGUAGUAGCAGAAUGCACACACCUUAUAUAUAGCAUGCAUAUGCCGCCGCCGAAUUAUAUCCCGC